UUUUGAAACAAACACACCUUUAAACCUAUUCAAACAAAAAUGUAUUUUGUUUUCCAAAUAUUAGAAGUCAUAUGAAGCGGUUAACCAAAUCUAAAUGAAUAAACCAUUUGAGUUAAAUCGGUUUAUUUUGGUAAAAUGGUUAAGGUUCUGAUCUGGUUCAGACCCGUUUUAUGAAAUUAACCACUUCAUUUCUCCCUAACCCUAUGCACGCUUUCGAUUUCGAUUUCGAUGUUCUUUACCAAGAGAGUGUAGAAGACCCUGAAAUUGAAACCGCUUAAUUGCUUUUUCUCCCUCGUUGCAGCCAUGGAUGUUCCAUUGCCAUUGGAUAAAUUAGCUUUAGAACUGAUUAGUAAUGAACCCUCUUCUGGAAGUACAAGCAAUGGCAAGAUAUAUGUCAUUCUGGUGGCAACUGGAAGCUUCAAUCCACCUACUUUGAUGCAUUUACGAAUGUUUGAGCUUGCAAGAGAUGCAUUGAAUUCCAAAGGUUACUGCGUAAUUGGAGGGUACAUGUCACCUGUAAAUGGUGCAUACAAGAAAAAGAACCUAAUAUCUGCUAGCCACCGAAUACAAUUAUGUCAUUUAGCCUGCAAAAGUUCAGAAUUUGUAAUGGUUGAUCCAUGGGAGGCAAACCAAAGCUCAUAUCAACGCACUCUUACUGUCCUGUCCAGAGUCCACACUUCUAUUUGUGAGACAGGGUUGGUAUCUAAAGAAUCUCUGAAAGUCAUGCUUGUCUGUGGUUCUGAUCUCCUCCAUUCCUUUGCUGUUCCUGGGAUAUGGGUUCCUGAUCAGGUUAGAAGUAUCUGCAGAGAUUAUGGCGUAGUAUGCAUUCGCAGAGAAGGACAAAAUGUUGAGAAGACUAUAUCCGAUGAUGAAAUUAUGAAUGAAAAUCAGGUUAAUAUUGAAAUUGUAGAUGAACUUGUACCAAAUCAAAUCAGCUCAACAAGAGUAAGGGAAUGCAUUGCAAGAGGAUUAUCAAUAAAAUAUCUUACUGCAGAUGAAGUCAUUGAUUAUAUCAGAGAACAUAAGUUAUACUUAAACUCGGAUGAUAAAUAAUAAUUCAUCAAUAUUGGAUAUUAGAUGCUUUAUUUGCUCUGCAAGACUCAUUAGGUACAUAGCUACAUAAUGGGUCUGUUUUCAAUAAACAGUUGAUUUGGUGUUGUAAACUUGUAGGUAAAUAAAUAUUUCACAAUUCACAAGAUAAAUGCAAAAUUUAAGAGAAUA